AUGGAGAGAAGAGAGCAAGCUGGGAGAACCAGGAAUGAAAGAGUUUUGAACUGCAUAUACCAAAAUCCUAAUGCAAUUUUUAAGCUGAUUUGCUUUCCCUGGGCAGGAGGUGGCUCCACUUAUUUUGCCAAAUGGGGCCAAAAAAUUCAUGACUCACUGGAAGUGCACUCUGUAAGGCUUGCUGGAAGAGAGAGCAGAUUUGAAGAACCUUUUGCAAACGACAUGUACCAGAUAGUGGAUGAAAUCGUUUGUGCUCUGCUGCCAAUCAUCCAGGAUAAGCCAUUUGCAUUUUUUGGCCACAGCAUGGGAUCCUAUAUUGCUUUCAUGACGGCACUGCACCUAAAAGAAAAUCACAAGCUAGAACCGAUGCACUUCUUCGUGUCAAGUACAACUCCUCCUCAUUCCAAAGACAGGUUUCAAGUUCCCAAAAGUAACGAACUGUCAGAAGAGGAACUGAGCCGGUAUCUUGUGGACUUCGGCGGCACUCCCCAGGACUGCCUUGAUGACAAGGAGUUUUUCCAGCAAUACGCUCCCGUGCUGUUGGCAGAUGCUGACAUUAUGCGUAAUUACACCUUUGACACACCCUCCAAAGCUGUCAUUUCUUGUGACUUAACAUGUUUCCUGGGCUCUGACGAUAUUGCAAAGGAUAUGCAAGCCUGGAAAGACAUAACCAGUGGAAAUCUUGAUGUUCAUGUGCUUCCUGGAGACCACUUUUAUCUUAAGGAACCUGCCAAUGAGAAUUUCAUCAAGAACUACAUAGCCAAGUGUCUGGAACUAUCGUUGCUUACUAAUUGUUAG